GUUUUGAUCAGUUUUUUGGUAUAAAUAGGAAGCUGUUUUAGAAUUUUCAGCUCAUUUCAAGUUUUUCUUUUCUGCCGUUUGUGUGUGUGUGUUUCUGAUCGAUAUGUUCCGUCUGUUGGUUCUUGCGGCCUGCCUGGCCAUCAGUGUCCACGGUUACUCCGAUGGUGCUCCAAAGGCCGCCUGUCGUGACCUGACGCCCCAGCACGGAGCCAAGCUGCAGGUGACCAAGCCGCCGUACAGCAUCUCCGGACCCUCCCACGUGCGCUCGGACCAGAAGCUGACCCUGACGCUGGGCGGCGAUGAGUUCCUUGGCUUCAUGAUCCAGGCACGCGAUGGCCAGAACCGCGUCGUCGGCCAGUUCCAGGUGGUGGACUCCGUGCACUCGCAGACCUUGGACUGCUCCGGCAAGGAUGACACCAUCACCCACCUGAGCGCGCAAAAGGGCAAGCCGCUGACCGGCAUCACCUUCGAGUGGAUUCCGCCAGCAGGCUACAAGGGCAACGUCAAGUUCAUGGCCACCGUCGUGCAGACCGGAUUCGUUUACUGGGUGGGUCGCGUCACAAAGGACAUCGAUGUGGAGUAGUGCUUGUGAUAGAGGUUUUCAUGAUUUGUCCAAAAUCCUACAAGUCUUUGUUUAGCGUUAAUGUUCCGAUUAGCUUUGGAGCGUAGUAUUUUUGAAAAUAAAGUCGAAAAGUUCGUUGAUAAAA